ACUUUCUUAUCUUCUUCGGCAUUCUUCCGGCGGAACAUCGCCGGAGAUAUCAGAAUACUGAUACACUUGUUUUGAGCCUGUAGAAGAAUCAAAACUGAAAAAAGCGAAGAAAGAGCAUUAACAGAGCAAUGGAUCGGUUAGUAGCAGCAAAGGAACUAUCUUUUCGAAUAGGGUUUACAGGACACAGUGGUCACCUCACGAUCGAGCCUCUCCCUCCCGUUGAACGCGAUACUCCUCUCAAUUCUAUUCCUGACUUCAUUUUGCCACCUGCAUUUCCAAAGGAAACACCUGAAACAAUAAAGGAAUUUAUUAGGGAGAAGUAUCUGUUGCCUCAGCUGGACGCAGAUGAGUUUUCUCCCGAAAAAGUCGGAAGGCAGUGGGAGUUUGAUUGGUUUGAGAGAGCUAAAAUCCUUCCAGAUCCAUCUUUGCCUCGAUCUGUUGUUGUUCCUACAUGGGAAGUGCCUUUUAGACGUCAGCGGGACAGAUUGGAUAAUGGAGGAUGGGAACCAAAGUCAGAGGAGAGAGACGUAUCAGAACUUACAAUUGGAGCUGAUGAUUCUGGGGCACUACCGCGCAUUGUUGGACCACCAAAGGAUUUUGUUAGAGGAAGCAUUAAUAGUCGUCCGUUUCGACCUGGUGGCUUGGAUGAUUCCCCUUCGCUGGGCAGAGUUGUUCCUGAUGGUGCUACAAACGGUGGAUGGGUAAGGGAGGUGCUUAAUGGCGGUCCUGCCCAAACCGCUCCUCCAAGCUUUAAGCAAGGACCUGAUCUUGGUGAUCUUAAGGAUACACAUUCAUGCUCUUGGAAUAUAUAUGAGGAUCAGAGUGCUGUCAUGAACACAGUGGAGGUGAAACUGAGUGACUUAUCCGUGCAGUUUGAUGACUUGUUCAAGAAAGCUUGGCAAGAGGAUGUCACGGAGUUUGUUGGAGAUGGUCAUACGUCUGAAUUGCAAUCUGAAGCGGAACAAUUGCCAUCUGUCAAGCCAGAGCUACUUCAGGUUGAAGCUGAAGUAAACAAGUCCGAAGUGUCUGAUGAGGGUCUAGACACUGAGAUAUCCGUCUUGGAUGAGAUUUUGUCUGUUGAAGCAGAAGGAUCAAUAUCAAGAUUGGAUGGGGAUAAAGAUGGUGCACGUCAAGAGAAUGACGGAUGGGCUGUUACUGGUGGCAGUGAAGUAAUUGUAGAACGAUUUCAUGAUCUCAUCCCUGAUAUGGCUCUUACUUUCCCUUUUGAACUCGAUCCCUUUCAAAAGGAGGCCAUCUAUCAUCUUGAAAAAGGGAACUCUGUCUUUGUUGCUGCUCAUACAUCUGCUGGGAAGACUGUUGUGGCAGAAUAUGCAUUUGCUUUGGCAGCUAAACACUGUACCAGGGCUGUAUAUACAGCUCCAAUCAAAACAAUCAGCAAUCAGAAAUACAGGGAUUUUUGUGGGAAAUUUGAUGUUGGCCUUCUCACAGGUGAUAUAAGCAUAAGACCUGAGGCCUCUUGUCUUAUAAUGACCACUGAGAUAUUAAGGUCAAUGCUUUAUAGAGGGGCUGAUAUGAUUCGGGAUAUAGAAUGGGUUAUAUUUGAUGAAGUGCAUUAUGUCAAUGAUGUUGAAAGAGGUGUUGUUUGGGAAGAAGUUAUCAUUAUGCUUCCAAGACAUAUCAACUUUGUCCUCCUUUCAGCUACGGUACCCAACACAAUUGAAUUUGCAGACUGGAUUGGUCGUACAAAACAAAAGAAAAUUCAUGUUACUGGGACGACCAAAAGACCUGUCCCUUUGGAACAUUGUCUCUUCUAUUCUGGGGAGCUUUACAAAGUGUGUGAGAAUGAAGAGUUUCUGCCUCAUGGAUUUAAAGCAGCCAAAGAUGUACAUAAGAAGAAGACCGCAAGUUCUGUCUCUGGCGGCGCCAGCUUGCGUCCUGGGUCUUCAACAGCUGCUGAUAAGGGUCGAGGACAGAGGCGUGAUAGCUCUUCUCAGGCGAAGCAGCACAAGCAUUCUGGUCCCCAAAGAUUCGGGAAUUUUGGUGGUGGUUGGGGAGCGCAAAGCACUGGGCCUGGACAGAAUGUUAUGGGGUUUAGGAGAUCAGAGGUGUCUUUGUGGUUGACGCUGAUUAAUAAACUCUUGAAGAAAUCACUGUUACCUGUGGUUAUAUUUUGUUUUUCGAAGAAUCGAUGUGACAAAUCAGCUGAUAACAUCCCUGGUACCGAUCUCACAAGUAGCUCUGAGAAAAGUGAAAUUAGGAUAUUCUGUGCUAAAGCAUUUUCGCGGCUUAAGGGAUCUGACAGAAACUUACCGCAGAUUGUCAGAAUUCAAAGCCUUCUGCACAGGGGCAUUGCUGUGCAUCAUGCAGGGCUCCUCCCAAUUGUCAAGGAAGUUGUAGAAAUGCUUUUUUGUCGAGGUUUGGUUAAGGUUCUGUUCUCGACAGAGACAUUUGCAAUGGGAGUUAAUGCUCCAGCCAGGACGGUUGUUUUUGAUUCUUUAAGAAAGUUUGAUGGCAAGGAAUUUAGGCAACUACUUCCCGGAGAGUACACUCAGAUGGCUGGGCGUGCUGGAAGGAGAGGACUUGAUAAAACUGGUACAGUUGUGGUGAUGUGCCGAGAUGAGAUCCCUUUCGAAAAUGAUUUGAAGCAUGUAAUAGUUGGUACUGCAACUAGGCUUGAAUCUCAGUUUCGACUGACCUACAUCAUGAUUUUGCAUCUACUUCGGGUUGAAGAACUGAAGGUUGAGGACAUGCUGAAAAGAAGUUUUGCUGAAUUUCAUGCUCAGAAGAAACUACCUGAGCAACAGCAACUCUUGAUGCGAAAGCUUGCUCAGCCUACAAAAUCUGUUGAAUGCAUAAAGGGUGAGCCAGCAAUUGAGGAAUACUAUGACAUGUAUUUGGAGGCAGAAAAAUAUAGCCACCAAAUAGCAGAAGCAGUAAUGCAGUCACCAGCUUCUCAGCAGUACCUUACUCUUGGGAGAGCAGUGGUUGUAAAAUCACAAUCAGCUCAAGAUCACUUACUAGGCGUUGUGGUGAAGACACCUUCCUCUAACAACAGACAAUAUAUAGUUCUAGUUCUGACUCCAGAAUUGCCUUCAACUCUGGAAACUUCGUCAGAUGCAAGCAACAGGAAAGAUCAAAAAAAUUCUGAAAUGCAGAUACUAGUGCCUAAAUCAAGACGGGGUUAUGACGAUGAGUAUUGUUCGUCAGUCACCUCCCGGAAGGGAACUGGCGCUGUCAACAUCAAAUUGCCUCACCGCGGUAAUGCUGCCGGCAUGAAUUAUGAGGUUCGAGGAGUUGAUAACAAGGAUUUCUUGUAUAUAUGUGUGAAAAAGAUUAAGAUCGACCAAGUUCGGCUUCUUGAAGAUGUUAGUGCGGGGGCCUACUCUAACACAAUACAACAGCUGCUCGGUUUGAAAUCUGAAGGAAAUAUGUAUCCUCCUGCCUUAGAUCCGGUUAAAGAUCUGAAGUUGAAAGACAUGAAUCUUGUGGAAGCAUACUACAAAUGGAAUAAUCUCUUGCAGAAAAUGGCACAGAAUAAGUGUCAUGGUUGUAUUAAAUUGGAUGAGCACAUGAAAUUGGCUAAAGAAUUAGAGCUGCACCGAGCGGAAGUGAAUGCUUUGAGGUUUGAAAUGUCAGAUGAGGCACUUCAGCAGAUGCCAGAUUUUCAGGGUCGGAUAGAUGUGUUAAAAGAAAUUGGCUGCAUAGAUGCUGACCUUGUAGUUCAAAUCAAAGGCCGUGUUGCUUGCGAAAUGAAUUCCGGAGAGGAGUUGAUAUGCACAGAAUGUUUAUUUGAGAAUCAACUAGAUGACCUGGAACCAGAAGAGGCAGUGGCGAUCAUGUCUUCCUUUGUGUUUCAGCAGAAGGAGACUUCUGAAUCAUUCCUCACGCCAAAGCUUUCUCAGGCUAAAAAGAGAUUACAUGAAACUGCAAUAAGACUUGGGGAGCUUCAGGCUCAGUUUAAGCUACCGAUUGACCCAAAGGAGUAUGCCCAAGAGAACCUUAAGUUUGGUUUGGUUGAAGUGGUAUAUGAAUGGGCAAAGGGGACCCCAUUUGCUGAGAUUUGUGAACUCACAGAUGUCCCUGAAGGUGUAAUAGUGAGGACUAUUGUUAGAUUAGACGAGACUUGUCGGGAAUUUAGAAAUGCUGCUGCAAUUAUGGGCAACUCUGCACUGUACAAGAAAAUGGAAACUGCAUCUAAUGUGAUCAAGCGCGAUAUCGUGUUUGCAGCUAGCUUGUAUAUUACUGGAGUUUGAUUAGGUCAGGAAGCCUUGAUUUCAUUUGCAAUUCUAAAGGACCUGACGAUACACUUGUUGUACACUAAAAUAUGAACGCCAAGAUGUGGACUUUGAGCAAGGAUACCCUACACUUUGGCCAAUUUGUACAGAAAUUCAAGUCUUUCAUAUGUACAUUUACCAAUCGACAGUAAAUUACACCCUGAUUAGCACAGAGAAAUGCAUGAACUUCAAGAUUUACUGUAUGGCAUUCUCUUAAAAUUUAGGUAUGAUUUUGAAGUUCUGCAUCUAUGUGUUU